CCGCAUGAAAUCAAAUGGUGAUAAAAAGACCAAGUGCACGGAAAGUUGACUGCACCUGAUCCCGGUCAUCCCCAGUCACCGUUACUUCCUCUCUAAUUCCUUUAUCGAUAACCUAGAACGGUAAUUAUACAGCACCGUGUUCUCUCCGCGACGGUAACGUAACAAACUUUUCAACUGAAUAACCAUGGCGUUACAAAUGGCACCUAGCUCCUCCAAGGUUCUCAUCCUCGUUGGAGCUGGUUUGGCUAGUUCGAUUGUUUUGAAUGGUGGACAAUUGUCUGCUGUUAUUGCACAGCUUCAGGAAGUGCUCAAGGGAGUUGAUGAUCAGGUUAAGAUUUCAACUGCUGGAUAUGACUCCGCCGCUAUUGCUGCUCAGGUUCGGCAACUAGCUCAAGAAAUUAGGGAGUUGACCUUGUCUAGGCCUAUGACUAUCUAUAAUGAAAAUUCUUCUAGAGGGGGUCUCGCUUCUUACUUACUACCUGCUGCUGCAAUAGGAGCUAUGGGAUAUUGUUACAUGCGGUGGAAGGAUUUGUCAUUUUCUGAUGUAAUGUUUGCGACAAAAAAGAAUAUGGCUAAUGCUGUUGCAAGUGUGUCAAAGCAACUAGAGAAUGUACAUGAAACAUUGGCAUCAACAAAAAGACAUCUAACAAAGAGGUUGGAAGGUCUUGACUUGAAGGUUGAAGAGCAGAAAGAGUUAGGCCAACAUAUUUCAAAUGACGUGAAUGCAGUAAAGUCAGACCUUUCUCAGAUUGGGUGUGAUGUUGAACUUAUACAUCAAAUGAUGUCCGGGCUGGAAGAGAAGCUCAAGCUUAUCGAAGGCAAUCAGGAUGUUACCAACUCAGGUAUCUGGUAUAUGUGCAAACUUGCUGACAAUCUCAACAAUGAGCCAAAUGGUAGAGUUUACAAGGGACUUGCAGAACUUACAUCGACACUUGAGGAGAAAGCCCCUAAGGGGCUUCAAUUCAUCGCUGAAACACCCGACACCAUUGAGAACUCAGCCAUAAUAACAAAGAAAGUUGGUCUCAACUUUUCAGACGAGAAACAAUCUUUUUCUAAAUCAAGAGUACACAGGGCAUAUCCUGUUGGCAUUUCGGUGAGCAAGGGCAUUUCUGAUUUGGUUUGAUUAGCCUUUUGCUUAAAUUGCAGUGAUCACCCUAUCAGCCUGCAUGAUCACAUUCGAUUCAAUAACAGUACUAUUCUUAUGGACAGUAGAAGUGAUUAAAAGACAUUUGUUAAAACAACCAAAAAAACCGCACACACAAAAGGGAGAGCCUUCAUCCCCGUGUUAUUGAAUUUUUGUCUCUUGUAUAUGCCUUUGAGACUAAAUUAUACUUGAUUCUUUGUAUAUUUUACUGUAAAUUUUGUUUAAAUUGGAUUUCCAAUUUUCCUUCAGAUGUAAUGAAGCUCUGGGACAGUAUCUUAUAAGUGUCUGUAUGCCAAAAAUAAUUCAAGUUUAUUAGCAA